AGUUCUCUUCAGAAGGUGUCGAAGUGACGACGAAAUGCUGAGGUAUUCUUGGUGCUUUGAGGAGUCCGUGUGGGUCUAUGAACCAUACUAGCUGAAUGUUAAAGCACUCCCAGACGAGGUUCUCAGCUUGUCUAGAAAAAAUAUGGUUCGAGGACGUCACAAGGUCGUCCAGAAAAUGAGGACUCUCCGUUUCGUGCAUCUUGCUAUUGUUGUUGAUCCAACUUGACCAAGCGCCAGUAGACAUCAUGACGUCUGCUGCCGUAGCGAACGCAGACCCGUGGGCGUAUUUGAGUGGUGUCUAUCCUUGGUACGAGCCUGAGUCUCUCCCGCCGCCUUCACGCGGAAGCUAUCACGGCGUCAAUGGGCGGCAACUGAAGGUCAUCUACCCAGGGCACACGGAUCUGGUUUGGAGUACCAAUUUUAACGACGAAUAUGCUCCAUAUCUGGUCUGCGAUCGCAACUCCUACUGGUGGAAGAAGCUACCGAAAGGCAUGAAAGGGACUCUGAACAAGUCGUGGGGCAUCCACCCAGAAUUCAUAUUCUCGAAAAAAAUCAGCAAAGUCACAAUCACGAUUCUGGACGGGACCAAGGUAUCUAUAAUUUGGAUCUACCUUGUUCUCUAGAUUUGGUAUUCAUAUCUCUGAGUUAGUAUAGUAAGUUUUGGCAGAUCAAAAUGCAUGUCUUCUCGUCUUGGCACCAUUUAUCUCACGCUUACUGGCUAUUUUGAUUUGCCAUGGCACGCAAGUAGAUCGACUGUGCUGUGAGCGUAUUAAUUACGUAACGACCCAAAUGCGUUGAAUCUACACUUCAAAUUAGUCAUGCUCGUCAAAAGUUCCCUUGCUUCAGAUGAUCAUCUAUAACAGCACAUGAAGUAUGUUCCACCCCAAAGACCGAUACAUACUUUUGCUUGCUCGCUUCUUGCUGACUGCAUGCAUCGAUUCUCAUCGUCGUGCUCCUUGUUUUAAACUACAGUUUUCGCUCUUUGAGACGAAUCCAAAGGCUAUUGAGCACAUGAAGCGGCGACGGGUAUUGUGGAAUGCGACGUUUUCGUUGGGCGGCGGAAACCACAUACUCCCGACAGCUAGUGCUCCACCGUUUACCAAGUUCUGUGACGCACCGCCGCACCAUGUUUUCAGCGGGAGCAAUGUUGGCCGGUUUAAUCAGACGCACAUGGAGCCGAGUCUGGUGUCCUUUUUCGAUGUGAAGAUCGACGGAUAUACUACUUUAUGGCCCGUGAGGAAGAAAAUGUCUAUCAGGGGUAUAGGAAAUACAUUUUCAAAGGCGUCUUGGUUCCGUUUUUCGAGGGAAAAGGGGACGAAAAAUGCUGUUGAAGAUGGAUUUCUGCAAGGUCUAAGUCUAGUUUGCUAUUAUCAUUAGACAACAUACAAGGUCUACUCUGUCUAGGUAGAGUAGUUCCUCGUCUUCCUUGUUUCUUUGUAGCUUCAAUCGUCUUCAUGUUCUAUUUUAGCAUAGCAGGAGCAGAUGAAAGUGGGGGAUACACUUUUUAUGAUCUCAUGGAUCUUCACCACCCGUUUUUUUUUUCAUUCCACGAUGGCAACGAUUUCCAUGAAGAUAUGCGGUUAAUGCUGGACCGCCGUUAUCCUGGUCAGGAUAUCCUCGAUUUCGCGCCUGCCGCUACCGAAGCCCGAAACCAACAGAGGAUGUACAUGAAGACUGGUCCCGCACUCAUGUUAGCGAAGGCUAAAAACUACAUGGCCAAUCUCGCUGGACAGGCUCAGCAGCUGAAACAGAAUACGUUCGGCGUCUGA